UUUCAAUAUUCCCGAAACCAAAAAAAACACUGAAGAUCAACCUGCAAACAUCAUUUUUUUUGGACCAAAAUUUUUUGUCAACGACGUUGUGUGUCAAUACUGGCCAUUCGCGAUCAAGAUGGGAGAGCUAUCAGAGGCCUACUGAUAUCUUACUACUGAUAUGGUCCCUUUCCUCUCUCGGCUACACGGCCAAGCCUAUAGCUGGCCAUGCCAAAUCCUACAUUUUGGUCAUUGGAGAGAUGGAUCAGCUGGAACUUUAGGAGAAGAACAGGAACAAGUCUUUUCUACUUUUUCAAGCUACAGUAAUUCAACAAAAACAAUGGGAGCAGCAAACAGACGAGAUUUUUUAACCGGAGCAAUGUUUUAUUGGGAUGGCAGAAAAGAAAAAGGAAUGGCUCGUACCCUCACUAGACGAUUGCUGAUUGCUAUGUAUAGAGUUCAGUUUUAUCGUGAAAAACUGAACAAAUUACUAUCAGCGAAAAAAAUUCAAUUGUCCGAAUUACCUGUAAUUCAAGCUUCGUUGGAAGAAGAGGCCCGUGUUGCACGAAAGAAAGAGAAGAUCGCCUAAUUAAAGUGGGAUUACCUAUCGGAGUUAAAAAGUGAACUGGAACGGAUUCACUUCCAACACGUAACAUUGCACGACAGAAUUUCGAGUGUUGCAGUUUCUUGCAAAUGGCGAACUAAACUUAGAAGAAAGCAGACUUUAUUAAAAACGAAAGCUAUUACAGUAAUGAACGACAUAAACGACCUGGCUAACGUUAUGGUAACCGAGCAAAAUUUCUUGGAUGGCGUUUUUCCGUGGGAUUCUAACCAAAACCUUUCGUUCAAGGAUAACUUUAAAUUAGUUGAUUGUUGGAUGCUCUACAAACGAAACACAGAACAGAUUCUUCAAUGCAAACUAGAAAUGUCACAAUUCAUCACAACAAUCAGUGAAGAUAUUUUGUCGAUGCAACAUGAAAUAACAAAAUACAACUCGACUGAUGAAUUUUUUUCUGCAAGCAAUUGCCCAAUGAAUUUUUCAGUAUUUCAACAAUCUGAAAUAGUCAUUAAAACGCAAGAAGUGAAACGUCUCGAAAUAUUAUUGUCAGACUCGCUCGCCUUCAAACAAUACUUUUAUGAAGAAAAUUUAGAUGAUGAUGAUUUGGUUUUCGAAGAUGAUUGUAUGGAUGAUGAUAUUGAUGGUGAUGGUAUUGACAAAGAUGAUUUAUGUGAUGAAAUUGAAUGUUCUUCCGACGAUGAUUAUUAACUACAUCAGAUGACUCGUGUUUUCAUUGAACAACCUUUCACAGUAUUAUUAAAAGUUUGAAAAGACAAAUUUUAAGCCUACCUUUCUAAAUGUUGGUUAAGAUAUCUUUUUUCUGAUGUGAAUUUAUAGUACAUUUUUAGUGGUCAACGAAUACACGCAAAGAAAA